AUGGAUGCCCAGGGCGCCCUCGACUCGCUCCUGGGCCGCCUCACCGCCAUCCUUGCCGACGAGGCGCGACUGCUCGGUGGCCUCCACGGCGACGUGCAGUUCAUCAAGGAUGAGAUGGGGAGCAUGAAUGGCCUGCUCCUCCACCUUACCGAGGCUGACCACCGCGACCACCAUGUUCGUGCUUGGAUGAAGCAAGUUGUUGGCCUCACUCGCGAUUGUGAGGGCAACGUCGAGCUCUACAUCCACAACGUUACAGGCGCUGGCCACCAUGGUGGUGGCUUCUUGGGCUACUUGCGACACAUUGUCCGCUAUGUGCACACCAUUCCGGAGAGGCACCGGAUUGCAACUAGGAUCCAGGAGCUCAAGGUCAGGGCUCGCGACGUGGGCGACAGGAAGCUGAGGUACGGUGUCACCGUGCCACCAGCUGCUGACCAAGAUGAUGCGAUAUUCAUGGACGAUGCAUACAAGCACCAGGGGCAGGAAGAAGAGGAGAAUGAUGCUUGGAGACGCUUUCAUCUUGUUUAUUAUCCAGAGGAUGAAGAGGCUUACCUACAGAAAAUCAUCGAUGAUAACAUCAAGUCCGUGUUGCCUGAGGAAGAACCGGUUGAAGAGCUGACAAGUGGGGAAUCAAAGCCGAGGAUAUUCCUUAUGAUGUUCAGCCAACAUGAUUUGGCAGACAAAAGUAAUUUCUUACAUUCUAGUAUUACUGAGGGACUGUAUGAGCAGAAAAUGGGAUCAUUUAGUUGCAAAGCCUUGGUCAAUGUGUACACAAAUGGGGACUUCAAAUCUUUGGCUGUAAUACUGGGGGAAAUACUGGACCAAGUGGAAGCAGAGAAGAGUACGGAAACCUCACCGGGUGAUAACGAGAAGGAUGAGGCGAUGCAACUCACCAAGAAACUUGAGGGGUAUCUCAAAGGUAAACGAUUCUUGAUCAUUCUGCAAGGUGUCAAUUCCACGGAUAAUUGGAAUAGCAUAAGGUCUGCUGUAUUACGUGCUACUGCUCAUGGCUCUCCUGGCAGCACUAUAGUCAUUACCACAAAUUCUUAUGACUUAGUAUGUGAGUCCCCUUAUGAAAUCGUCAAACCACAAGGUCUAUUAGAUUAUUGGCGUGAUAAAACCAUGAUGCUUUUUGGUGAGAUCAUUAUUCCAUAUGAAAGGGAAAGUUAUGUGUCAACCGUUGCAGCAUUAUGUCGACACGACCGCUUUGCAAUGAAGAUGAUCCAACAUCUUUUGUAUGUUUACCCUUUAAGGAGUGUUCCACAGCUAGAGAAUAUUAUAGCAACCUUACGUGAUUGUCAGAAGUCGAACAAAAAUUUGGGAAAGCAUAUGUUAAGGCUUUCCUAUAAUAAACUACCUAGCAAGUAUAGGAGAUGCUUGCUGUACCUAAGUAUCUUCCCAAAAGGUGACCGCAUUAGGAGAACAACUGUGUGUAGAAGAUGGAUAACCGAAGGACUGAUAACAUCAAGGGAGAAUCAUGCAGACUACGAGGCUUAUUGCUGCUUCGAUGUGCUCUUCUUGUCGGGUUUCAUUCAACCUGUGGAGAUAAGUGACAUGGGCAAGAUCAAGACCUUCACAUUACAUCCUAUUGUUCAUGAAUCCAUCAGCAGGAUUGGUAAAGAUCUAAACUUUGUGGACACGGUUCUUCCGUCCGAUCUGACUCGCCACCUUCCA